AAUACAAUUCUUUUAAUAUUAAAAAAAUAAACUAUUUUCUUUUAGGUAUUUAGUAUUCGAAUAAAAAGAAAAAAAAAAUGUUUUUUGUGUAUCUGAAUCCGAGUGAGUAUUCCCAGUAAAUCGCGAUCGCUGAAAAAAUGGGUGUCAACAAUUUUCUCUACUCCAAAAUUAUUUGUUGGUCUUCGUCGUCGUCGUAGUUUGGUGGUGUUCGUCGACGAUGAUGAUGAAUUCAUGAAUCCAUGAAUCUGAAUCCGUCGUGGUUGUUGUCGUUGUCGUUCUCGUCGUUGUUGAUUUGCUCGCUUUUGUUAUCCGUCGUUGUCCCUGUUUGAAGAUGAUGUUCUCCAUGGUGCUUUGGUGGUCAAUGCGAGUUUAGUUUUAUUUUAAUUAAACAAAAUAAAAUCUGAAAAAAAACCAGAAUCAUUUUUGUUUUUGCAAUUUGAUUCCAUUCAUUGAUUUUGUACGAAUCUAAAUAAAUUCUCUGUGUGGUUAUUGUUUUUUUGUUUCUUCUGUUUUUUUGCUUCUUUUUAUUGUGUCGGUGGUAACUUCUUCUUCUUCAUCAUCAUCUGCGGGUGGUUUGUGGAUUCGGUGUGUGUACACAGUGAAAGUUCUCAGAAAUUAGUUUGCCCCCAAAGUGAAAAUAUAAAUAAAAACCAACAAAUAAAAAAAAAAGAAGAGAGACUUUAUAUUUAUUAAAAAAAAAAACAAAAAACACUUUGCAAAAAUGCCUGUUCUAAUAGGAAUUGCUGAUUUUGUUGAAGAAACUAGAGAUGAUUAUAAUUCACCGACAACGUCGACUUUUGCGUCACGGAUGCCCGAUUGUCGACAGACAGUCUCAAUACUUGAAGAGCGUCUGGAAAUCGAUAGGGAAGGAUUAACAAAACUCAAAAAGGCUGUUAAAGCCAUUCACAAUUCUGGCAAUACUCACGUUGAUAAUGAAAUGUUCCUGGUGCGUGCCCUCGAACGGCUCGGUGGCAAAGUAAUCGACCAAGAAGAACCCGACAUUGGAGCUGCAUUCUUAAAGUUUUCAGUCGUCACGAAAGAGUUGAGUGCCCUCAUGAAGACCUUGAUGCAAAACAUAAACAACAUUAUCAUGUUUCCAGUUGACUCGAUGCUCAAGUCAGAGUUGCGAGGUGUGAGGGGCGACAUGAAACGGCCUUUUGACAAAGCUGCAAAAGACUACGAAGCGAAGUUUAUAAAGAUUGAAAAAGAGAAGAAGGCCCAAGCCAAAGAGGCUGGCAUGCUGCGAACCGAAAUCGAUGCCGCUGCCGUUGCCGAAGAAAUGGAGAAGGAACGACGAAUAUAUCAGCUUCAAACGUGCGAGUAUCUGCUUAAGUAUAAGGAAAUCAAAACAAAGACUGGCAUCGAGCUGCUGCAGCACUUCAUCGAGUACUACCAUGCGUUGAAUAACUACUUCAAGGACGGACUACAGACCAUAGAUCACUUUGGCACCUACAUCGCGGAUUUAAGUGCCAAGCUGCAAUGUAUUAAACAGAAACAAGAUGAUGAUCGACGCAGUUUGUUGGAUUUGCGAACAUUGCUCCGUAGUACGCCUGAUUUUGAGCGAGUGGAGAAUGUUACAACGGACAAGGGAACUGGUUAUUCCUUGCACCAGUUGCAGGGCGAUAAACAUCAUGGCAUCACACGGUCUGGGCAUUUGCUUAAAAAGAGCGAAGGCAAAGUGCGUCGGGUGUGGCAAAAGCGACGAUGUCGAGUCACAGCCGAUGGUUUCUUGGAUAUAUGUCAUGCGGACGAAACUAAAGCACCCACUCGAGUGAAUUUGCUGACAUGCCAAAUAAAGCCAGUGCCGGAUGAUAAACGAGGUUUUGACCUAAUAAGCUAUAAUCGUCCAUAUCAUUUUCAAGCUGAGGAUGAAGUCGAUCAAAAGGCGUGGAUGGCUGUGUUAGUUAAUUGUAAAGAAAAGGCAUUAACAAAAGCAUUCCAACAUGCGAACCCACAAAUGAGUCCUAGUUUAGUUGAGCUGCAAAAGACUGUUAUAAGAUACGUCCAAAAUCUACCAGGAAAUGACCAAUGCUGUGAUUGUGGUUCUCGUAAUGAUGUCACGUGGAUAAGUUUAAAUUUUGGUGUCCUCGUAUGUAUUCAAUGUUCGGGUGUUCAUCGAGAUUUGGGAGUGCAUCAUUCAAGAAUACAGAGCUUAACAUUAGACAACCUUACAACAGCGAAUUUAUUAAUUGCUCGUGCAAUGGGCAAUAGUACACUAAACGAGAUUAUGGAAGCAACACUGGGAAGAGGAAAACUAUCUCCAGAUAGUACCAUGGAACAACGUUAUGAUUUUAUACGCGCCAAGUAUGUCGCAAAACGAUACGUAAUGCGAACUUGUGCCGAUGACAAUGACCUUCGCUGUGAUCUUGAACAAGCCAUAGUUAAUGCUGACAUGAGUCAGCUUCUGCAAGUUUGGGCUGAAGGAGCCGAUCUGACAUGCUGUCUGCCAUCAUCCGAUGAUGGUGAAACUGCUCUUCACUUAGCCAUUUUACGCGAAAUGGGUUCAACCUUGCAUAUAGUUGAUUUUCUUAUACAGAAUAUGCCACCAAAGGGCCUUAAUAAGGCGACAAAUCCUCCAGAUGUCAUAGACAUGACUGGAAAAAAUACUGCUUUACAUUUGUGUGCUCUGCAUGAUCGACGCGAAUGUUUGAAAUUAUUGUUGCGAUCUGGAGCAGAUUAUGAGCUUAAGAAUUCGCAAAAUAAAACUCCUUUAGAAAUUGCCAAAGAAAUGGGUCACAAUGCGUGCCAGGAAUUGAUUGAAUGUGCCAUAAGGAGAGAAAAAAGUGCUUUUGAUCAUAUUAACACAGAUUGGAAUCUGCCAAAUGAUGAUGGCUCAACAGAUUUCUCAGAUGACGAUACGGUUAUUGAUGAGCGCAAAUCACGUUCCCGACCACCAAGUUUUGCUGGAGGUGAUUCGCCCAUCUUGCGUUCGCGUUCCUCGACAUGUGAUUCAAUACAAAGUGGUUCUAGUCCAAUAUCGAACUGUCCGAAUCGGCAGUUCCAGUUGCCAACAACAACUGUACCCUUUAAUCAAGCUGGCACCAGCCCCAAGCAACACAUUCCCAUCGGACAAUAUCUGGCUGGUGGGGGCGGUGGUUCCAGUCCUGGUUCAACAACGAGCAGUCAACGAGGUGGCGGUCUUGGUCAAGGAGCAAGGAAAUCCACUUCAACUGCAAAUAUGAAUUCGUUGAAAAAACGUACAGCCCCAGCUCCACCUCCAGUGUCCAACUCCUUCUACGGUACCUUACCCCAUGCGCCUAGACAUUCACAGAACUUCGAUAACAAUGACUCACGCAGCACAGUUAACCAUAAGAACCAAUCCGAAGUGGUUUAUAGCACAUUGCCACAUUUAAGAAGCGUCGAUAGUGCACGGGGCACAAUAUUUCAUUGUGAUAAUAAAGUAUACGAAAGAUUUGAUCCGAUUAUGGUGCAACAGUCUAAAGCACAUGAUACUGGUGGGGUAGGUGGCAGCAGUCAAAGUCUCAUACAAAUGACAACUUUUGGUCACAAACGUUCACCGAGUGGAGAAUCAUUGAAUCGACAUUUAGCUGGAGCCAAGUUAGUUCUACCACCGACUGGAGAAAUUCCACAGUUGAAACAUGUUGACAAAUCGCUUUCAAGACCGAAAAUUCCUCCACCAGGUCCACCGCAUGAGAGAGAAAUAUCAAAUGGACAAUCAAAUGAGAGUAUAAGUUCAAUGGAUGAAGGACCAGUUGCACCACCCAGAAAGCGUAAAGCUGGAAAAUUAAAGAAAAUAUCCAGUCCUAGUGAAGAAACGCUACUCAAUCAAAAUUAUACUGAGUAUGAACCAUGGAUGUCUGAAAUGGAUUCGUCGGGAGGACUUGAUCAUUCUGCAGAUUCAAAUAUCUCAUCAAUCGAUAAUGAUCGACUUAAUGCAUCACCAGAUAGUAAUCAAAAAGGGAAACAAUAUAAUAAUUACAAUGGCCACCGAAGAUGUCGCGCUCUCUAUGAUUGCGUUGCUGACAACGAUGAUGAAUUAGAAUUUAAAGAAGGUGAAAUACUCAUUGUUCUCAAUGAACGAACAGAUGAUGAAAAUUGGAUGGAAGGUGUUAUCGAAGGUCAUCCCAGUAGACGUGGAAUGUUUCCAGUUAGUUUUGUUCAUAUGUUGCCCGAUUGAAAUUUACACUCCAAUGAGGAGUGCACAGAUAUUUGAUAAAAAUAAAGAUUAAAAUAAUUAUUUCCUAUGUGUAUAGUGGUUAACAACAAAAAAAAAAACUAUUUUUCGUAAUAAGUAAAGUCUCUAUUGUGUGAAUUUCGAACUGAACUUAUAGUCUCUUCACUAUAUUGAAUUAAAUUUUUUUUUUUACUUUAAGAGUAAAUUUGAAAAUACAAAUUUCUUAUAUCAAUAACAUUGGAAAAUAAGUUUUUUUAUUAUUAAAAAACUGUUUCUCUUUUAUACUCAAAUAUACACUCGCAGUGAUUUUCCUUUGUAAAAUUCGUACCGUACUUUUCUAUUAGUUAGUUAAUUCGUAGAAAAAUACUAAAAAUAUAAAUACAUGUCGACGGUACGAACUUUAUGAAUCGAUUUUACUUUAUAAUGUUCUUUGAAUAUAACCAAACCUUAACCAAAACUUGUAAGAGUGAAAUAAAAAUCACAAUAAUAUUGUGGAGAGAAUAUCAAGACACUCGAAUUUCAAGAUAGAGACAUUGUGUUAAACUAAACUCUAUAUAUGUAUGUAUAUUUAAUAAUUUCUGUUUUUUUUUUUUAUUUAUCUUUUGUGUACGCAAAUAAAUUAUUAUAUUAUAUCCUUAUCAUAUAUUAAAUUAUUAUUCUUAUAAAUUAUAUUUGUUAUAUAUUGAAGGUUUUAAAUACACCUUCAAAUCGAUAUUAAUACAGAAUGCACAAUUUUCCUCAACUUUUAGAUCUUCUAUAUAAUAUAUUACUUAUAUAUAUUUUUUUAAAUAAAUAAUUUUAUAUAACAUAAAAAUGAAAAAGUCUUAUUCCAAUCAGUAAUCCAAAAUCAAUUGUUUAUUUUAAACUUCAAUUUUAUUAUUAUUUUUUUUUUGUUCAUUUUUACUAUAAGAAUUGUAAUAAACAUAUAUAAAAAAAUAUAUUAAUCUUUGAACAUAUAUAUAAACAUAUGUAACUAUAUUUAACUAAAUUCGACUUAAAAAAAAAAAUAUAUAUACAAAAAAAAAAAAGCAUAAUAUAUAUACGUAUGUAACAAAAAAAUCACAUUUAAACGUUUAAAAAAUUGUAUGUAGUUAUUCUUGGUCACACACAACAUGUAAAUGCAUGUAAAUAAAUAUUUAGUGGAGCAGAAAAUAUAAAAAAAAAAUAUAAUUAUAAAAAAAAAAUAAAAAUACACGCUGCCAUACAAAACAAAAAAAAAAAAAAGAAAAGUUAAUUGUGUUAUUGAAAAGUAAGUUAUGGAGACAUUUUAAAUAAAGUUGAAAUAUGUUACAGUUUCAAUGUUACCCCGAGAGUUAUAUAAAAAAAAAAUCUAUAUAGAAAGAAAAAAUAUAUAUACAAGGAAACAAACACAAAGAAUCGAAAAAUAUAUAUAUAUACAUAUA